AAGCCAUCACAAGUUGUCAGAGCCAAAUUUGACAUCUUCAAUACGGCUUAUUAUGAUUUCAUAGUAAAUAAAAAAAAACAUUAACCAGUUUGUCAUUUUUUCUUCUGGUGUUUUAAAUGUUUAAAAAAUGGUGGUAAGUGUUGCCAAAAUGCUCCACAGAUACAUUGUAGAAGUUCUUUAGUUGAGAAACGUAAUAAUUGUUGAGACUUUUGUCUUUUAGAUAUGGCUUUGAUUGUUUUCAAUUCAAAAGAUUUGUUCUUAUUGUAUUGGUCUUUGUUUCUGGUUCAUCACUUGUAUUUAUUACCUACAUGUAGUUAUUGGGUGUGUUAAGGCUCACACACCAUGUUUAUUAUUGAUAAUCUCUUCUUCAUCAUACAGUAUUGUUAUAAAUCUUACAUACUUUCUCUGCAGUGUCACCUCUGACGCAUUACUCCUUUGUUGUUGUCACUAUGAAUGGGCGUUUUAGCGUAAUAUCUGAUCUAAUUUAAGAAGGAGAAACCAUCACAUUUCCUAUUGUUACCCAUGAAGUGUCAUUAAAAACACUAAGGAUAAUGAUUGAUACUGAGGACUUGCAGAAUGUGUCACAAAAUGGUUUGAAAUACUUAAUUGUGUGCACCAAAAUGACAAGUUUCACAAGUUAAAGAACGAAGGAAGUAAAAAGGAUUUUGUGUGUCCACCUGAUUGCAUGAGGUGUGUGUGAGUGUAUGUUUCUGUGUGGGUGUGUGUGUAUGAGGACUCAGCAGCCUGCCACCUGGCUGGCGAGUGAUGCAGUGGGGGGGGUGAUGGGCCACACUGUACCCAAUUAAUGUGAGCCUGGGGCUCCACACUGAGUGCUAACAUGCUGCGUCAGUCCGAGCCGACCAGCAGCACCUUGCAGCUGGUGGCCAACGACAUGACGGGCAUCAUGGAUAAGCUGGACGACCGCGAGCUGGACCUGGAGGAUGGAGAGUACGACACCACGGACUCUCACCUCUCAGCCGAGCGUCUUCCUUUCAAGGCGAUCUACCACAUGGUGGCCUUCAAAGAGUCGGAGGCCAACGUCUUCCUGUCGUCUCCGAUCACCGCUAAGAUCCUGGAGGUGGAGCGCUUCACCUCGGCUCAGGACCGCUUCAACGUCACCGCGCAGAGGAGCGUCAACAAGUCGCUGCCGGCGGUAUUUAAGAUCGAGAUGAAGCACGGGGAGUUCACGUGGCUGGUGAAGAGGAAUGAGAAACACUUCAUGGAUCUGCACAGAGAGCUGCGGACGUACAAAACCUUCAUGAGGCUGCCGCUGCCCAAACGCAGCCACACGGUGAAGAGGCAGGCGGUCACAAGGAGCGAGGGGGGGCAGAUGCCGAACCUCCCCCGAGUGGGAGGAGACGAUCUGGAGAGGGAGGACCAGGUGUCCAGCCGAAGGAAACAAUUGGAAGAUUACUUGAAUAAUCUGCUAAAGAAGCCGAUGUACAGGAACUACCACGCAACGAUGGAGUUCAUUGACGUCAGCCAGUUGUCCUUCAUCCAUGAUCUGGGACCAAAAGGCUUAGAAGGAAUGGUGCUGAAGAGAUCUGGCGGACAUCGGAUCCCCGGGCUGAACUGCUGCGGGCGCAGCCGGAUUUGUUACCGCUGGUCCAAACGCUGGCUGGUGGUGAAGGACUCGUGCCUGCUCUACAUGAAGCCGGAGUCGGGGGCCGUCUCCUUCGUGAUGCUGUUCGAUAAAGAGUUCAGCAUCAAGAUGGACUCCAAAGACACGGAGACCAAACACGGAAUCCGCAUCGACAGUCUCUCCAGAUCUUUGGUGUUGAAGUGCAGCAGCUACAGACACGCCCGCUGGUGGGGUCAGGCCAUCGAGGCCUUCGUUAAGAAACACGGCGCCGCCUUCCUCACCGACCACCGCUUCGGAUCCUUCGCCAGAGAAGAAGUAAACAUCCCGGCUAAAUGGUAUGUGAACGGAAAAUCAUACAUGGAGGAUGUUGCAGAUGCUCUUGAAGAAGCCAAAGAGGAAAUAUUCAUCACAGACUGGUGGUUGAGUCCAGAGAUCUUCCUGAAAAGGCCGGUUGUGGAGGGAAACCGCUGGCGUCUGGACAGCAUCCUGAAACGCAAAGCGCAACAAGGUGUACGUAUCUUUGUGAUGCUGUACAAAGAAGUGGAGUUAGCUCUGGGAAUAAACUCCGGAUACAGCAAGAGGACGCUGCUGCACCUCCACCCCAACAUCAAGGUGAUGCGUCACCCGGACCACGUCUCCUCGGCUGUCUACCUGUGGGCGCAUCACGAGAAGAUCAUUGUGGUCGACCAAUCGGUGGCCUUCGUGGGAGGGAUCGACCUGGCAUACGGUCGCUGGGACGACAGGGAGCACAGGCUGACCGACGUUGGGAGUGUGACACUCUCACACCAGGCUGAAGCGGCCUCUCCAAACAUGGCUGCUCCAGCUAACGGCAGCGGUGGGGAAAGUAACGGGAAAAACAUUUUCACGGUGACGGACUCUGUGGACCAGCCCCGGCUGAAAGGGCAAGGCAGACUGAAGAGGACGAGGUUCAGCAUCCGGAGACACCUGCAGAAACACGGGCUGGCCUCGGCAGACAGCGACAGCGACCUGGAGGACGAAGAGAUAAGCGGCUCGCAGCGCAGUCUGUACACGGGCGUCGGGGAGUUAUUCGGAAACACGCGCUUCUGGCACGGAAAAGACUACUGCAACUUCGUGUACAAGGACUGGAUUCAGCUGGAAAAACCUUUCGAUGACUUCAUAGACAGACACACAACUCCCAGAAUGCCUUGGCACGACAUCUCCUCAGUGGUCCACGGGAAAGCAGCUCGAGACGUGGCCCGACACUUCAUCCAGCGCUGGAACUUCACCAAGAUUAUGAAGCCGAAGUAUCGCUCUCUGUCGUUCCCGUAUCUGCUGCCCAAAUCUCACACCACCGCCGAAGAGCAGCGCUACCAAGUACCCAACUGCAUCCCCUCUAAAGUGCAGAUCCUACGCUCAGCCUCUGAUUGGUCGGCUGGCAUCAAGAACCACGAGGAGUCCAUCCACAACGCGUAUGUGCAAGUCAUCCUGAACAGCCAGCACUUCAUUUACAUAGAGAAUCAGUUCUUCAUCAGCUGUUCAGACAACAGAUACGUGUUCAACAAGAUAGGAGAUGCUAUUGCACAGCGCAUCAUCCAAGCAUUCAGGGAGGGUAAAAAGUACAGAGUGUACCUGGUGACGCCUCUGCUGCCGGGCUUCGAGGGAGACAUCAGCACCGGAGGAGGCAGUGCCCUCCAGGCCAUCAUGCACUUCAACUACAGGACGAUGAACCGAGGAGAGCACUCCAUCAUCUCACAGCUGCACAAAGAGAUGGGAGACCAGUGGAUGAACUACAUAUCCAUCGCUGGUCUGAGGACUCACGCUGAGCUGGACGGGAAGCUGGUCACGGAGCUUAUCUACGUCCACAGCAAGAUGCUCAUCGCAGACGACAACACCGUCAUCAUCGGUUCUGCAAACAUCAACGACAGGAGCAUGCUGGGAAAGAGGGACAGCGAGGUGGCGGUGAUCGUGGAGGACUCGGAGAUGGUGCCGUCGGUUAUGGACGGGCAGAAGUACCAGGCGGGAAAAUACGCCCUGCAGCUGCGCCUCGAGUGCUUCAGGAUGAUUUUGGGCGCCAACACGGACUCCUCCAUCGACGUGUCGGACCCCAUCAGCGAGACGUUCUUCAAAGAGGUGUGGACGGCCACCUCCGCUCGCAACGCCACCGUCUACCAGAAGGUUUUCCGCAGCCUACCGUCCUCUGACGUGCGGAACAUUCUGGAUCUGGAGGGCUUCCUGGCCGUGCCCGGUCUGUGCACCGAGGACCCGGCGCGGGCUCAGGAGAAGCUGAAGAAGAUCCGCGGCUUCCUGGUCCAGUUUCCUCUCGACUUCCUGUGUGAGGAGAACCUGCUUCCUCCCAUCGGGUCCAAGGAGGCCAUGAUGCCCAUGGAGGUGUGGACCUGAGGAGGAAGCACCCCAGCCUAUACGGUCAUGUGUUCACACUCAGCAAGAGUAACGCAUUCAGGUGGAUCAAAACACACUCUGGUGACAUUUUGGAGGUCAAAGUGGCAGAAAACAGCUUUUAUUUUUUUGUUUAAGCCCAAAAGUUAUUUGUAUAGCAGGCAAGAGAGAUAAAAGCCUUAUAAGUAGUUAUUAUAAGCAGAUGUUUGAUAUCCUUUUUUUUAUUUGGGUUGUAAUUGUUAUUUAUUAUUAAUGUAAGUGGUAAGAUGACCAAGCAGAUAAUAAAGAAACUUUGAACAAGUAAAUGAAACUAAAAUCCUGUAAUCUCGAUUAUAAACAUCCAUCACUUUUUAAAGACCGACUUCAUCUCUAAAUAGUGGUUUAAGAUAAUCAGGAUAAACUGUUUUAAUAUUUUUUAAGUCAGCGGUGCCAAAAUCGUCUUUUAUUUUAGUUUUAAAUGCAAAAUUGUACAACAAAUAUAACGGCAGAAACAGCAAUUAAAUUUGUAUAUUUUUCUAAUUAAUUUAAAUUUUAACUUUUGGCCUGUAAGCCCCAAGUUGGUGUUUCUUUCGCUGUUGGAACUACUAUUUUCGGGUGUAGCCACAAUCUAAGAUAUUAUUCCAAGGGGACCAAUAAUACAAAUAUACUCUAAGUUGUAAUAAAGCAACGUUUUCCUUUUAAGAUGUUCAUGGUCACAGCUGCUGAUCCUAGAGAAGAUCUGCAUGUAACACUUGAACAACAGCAAAAAAUGUUCUCUUUAUUAAGGAAAAUAAUACAUCUAUAUUUUUUUAGUUUUUCUGUUUACCGCCAGCAAUGACUUCCAAAAUGGCGUUAGCUGUGGUUGUGGACAGAGCCUCAGUACCAGCAGUGCCACUGAAUGCACAUGAAUUACAUUACACUUAAAAAACAAAUGCAGAGACUUUCAGAACUCAUAUGCAUAAAUAAUACAUUAUUGUUAUAAAACACACAUGUACAUGCAAACACUGCAAGAAGUGGACCAGAAGACUCCGCAGUCCCUGGACUAAAGUUUACAGAAUAUAGUAGAAGAAGAAAGGUAAAAAUGGAUCCUCACCAUCAGAAUAUCACUUUAUCUCCUUUUUUAAACAUUUCGCUCCUUCUUUCUCCAACAACACUAUGCAACGUGUAGGACCGGCAAAAUACACUAAAAUAACUUUAACUACCUACACCUCAGCCACCUGGCAACGCACCCCCAGCGCCGCACCUCUCCCAUUGCAACCUCUCCUCCUUCUCCCCUGUGGAUGCUCUCCAAGUGGCCAAACUGGUCAGCUCGGCCAAGACCUCCACCUGCUCCCUGGACCCCUUGCCCACAGCCCUGGUCAAGGACUUCCUACCCACCCUCUGUCCUUAUAUGGUGGUUAUCAUCAACGCUUCUCUGGCUCCUGGUAUAGUCCCCACCAGCUUCAAAAUGGCCUCAGUCAUGGCCUGGACCCGACGACCUCCACAACCACCGGCCGAUCUCUGACCUUCCCUUCCUAAGUAAAACUCUGGAAAGAGUGGUCGCCGGCCAACUCCAUCUGUACAUGUCCAACCAUGAGCUCUAUGAGCCCUUCCAAUCCGGCUUCAACACAGCACUGAGACCGCCCUCAUCAAGAUCACCAACGAUCUUCUCAUUGCUGCUGACUCUGGCCGCCUCAGCAUCCUCAUCCUCCUGGACCUCUCUGCAGCGUUUGACACCAUCUCCCACACCAUCCUCCUCACCCGCCUAUCUGACCUCCUAGGUGUCACUGGCACAGCCCUGUCCUGGUUCACAUCCUACCUCCAUAACAAGGAACAGUUUGUAACCAUCAAUGGCUCAAAUUCACCCCCCUGCCCCAGUCAAUCACGGUGUACCCCAGGGCUCUGUGCUUGGCCCCCUCCUGUUCACCAUUUACAUGCUCCCCCUCGACCAGAUCAUCCGCCAUCACGGACUCAAUUUCCACUGCUGCGCUGAUGAUACCCAAUUAUAUCUCAGCACUACUCCAUCCUCCCAGCUCCCCCCUCAGUCUCUCGUCAACUGCCUGCACGACAUAAAAACCUGGAUGUCGUCCAACUAUCUCAAACUCCACAGCAGGAAUACGGAGCUCAUGGUUGUGGCACCCAAGGCGCUGCUCCGGAAGGUUGGUGACUUCAUCCUUGAGGUUGACUGCUGCUCCAUCUCCCCAUCUCCUGAAGCCUGCAACCUUGACUCCACCCUUUCCUUCCACUCCCACGUCAAGUCUGUUCCCAAAUCUGCCUUUUUCCAUCUAAGGAACAUUGCCAGACUCCGACCGACGGAGUCGGUUGCAGAAACCCUAGUCCAUGAGUUUGUCACCUCCCGCUUGGACUACUGCAAUGGUGUCCUGUUUGGGGUCCCCAACAAAACCCUGGUCAGGCUCCAGUAUGUUCAAAACUGUGCUGCCAGGGUACUCACACAUACAAAGCCGUGGCAGCACAUCACUCUCACCCUCAUCCACCUCCACUGGCUGCCGGUCAGUCCCGCAUAUCCUACAAAGUCCUCCUCCUCACCUACAAGUCCCUCCAUGCCCAUGCCCCCCAGUACUUAUCGGACCUCCUCCGCCCACAUGCCCCACCCCGGAACCUGUGGUCUUCAGACUCUGGCCUGCUUACCACCCCCACACCAAUCUGCGAACCUUCGGGGACAGAGCCUUCAGUGUGGCAGCCCCCACCCUCUGGAACGCUCUCCCUGCGGAGAUCCGCAACAUCCCCACGCUUGACGCCUUCAAAAGGGCACUCAAGUCCCAUCUGUUUGCGAAGGCCUUUGGCCCCUAAUCUAUUUGUUGUUUUGUCUGUCUGACUGUUUGUUUGUUCCUACUCCUGUUCUUCUUUGUAAAGCGCCCUUGGGUCUCAUGAAAGGCACUAUAUAAAUCCAAGCUAUUAUUAUUAUUAUUAAUGAAGAAGAAGCCGGAUUUCGCCAUUUUGUCUCAUAUUUCUGAAGACUUGCUUUAAAUAUUUAUGUCCAAAGUGCCAAAGAUGAAAGACAGUUGCCUGAUGUUGAAACAGAACAUCCUUUAUUUUACAUUCCUCAUACUGUGGAUCUACGUUAAGCCUUAAGUGACCUGUUUUUAUGCUGUUUGUAGCUUUUUAUUUCACCAGUCUGUAAUUUCCUGAUCGGUUUACUGGAAAGAACUGUAAAGGGGAAAUGUGUUUUCUCUUUUUUUGCUUUCCAAUAAACUGCAGGAAAUUGCAGAAGUCUAUAAAGUGCUAUGGUUCCUUUUUAAAACUACAUAACCCAUAUAUUCAUGCAUGAUACGUUUACUACAAUGCUGUUUCAACAGCUUUGGCCCCUUGAGUUUCUGCUGCUCCCUUGUGGCCAAAGCAUAUCUGCUUUUGCAGGUUUUUGUGGUUAUAUCAAGCUAAUUGAAGUUGAACUUUGAUAGUUUUUUUAAAGAUACAAACGAUAGCCUUCCCACUGUAAACUCUAUGUUGCAACUAUUGAUCAGAUUUUUUGAAAAAAUGCUGUCUAUGGAUUUCUAUAUUUCUGAAAUGUCUUGAAUUCGUCAGCACGAAUGUUUCUCAGUGUCUUCCUCGUGAUCUGCAUGAUGCUGUUUUUUAUAUAUAUUUGACCCAAAAAACAAACUGGAUGAUACUUGUAGUUGACAGCAUGACAGCAGCUCGUUGCCAUUCAACAUUACAGAUAAAACGCAUGAACCCUGCAAUGGUCGCCUUUAAAGCCAUGGACAUUAUCGAUGCUAACAGUGUGCCUGUCUUCAAGCUGUGUGUCCUCCAGAUACACCUCUCUACUGUUAAUAUUUAUGGAUAAUGGGACGUUAAAUGCGCUGUUUAAUCUUUUUCUCUACCUCCCUGUGUUUCUACCUCCUGCUGCAGUGCAUGUUUUACAUCUUUGUGAUAAAAAUCACGAACAUUUUCAGUUACCCCACAAUUCAGCCAAGUAAAAUUGUCUUAAAAAGGCAAUCCAUAUGUUAAAAGUUUGCGAUUAUGUGCAAUAACAACCAUCUAAAAGAAAAGGUCUAAAAACAAGCAAACACCGAAUUCACAAAGGUGGGUUUAAUUUGUUUUUGAUUAUUUAUUAGUGAUCAGGAGCACCUGGUGUUAUUGAGGUUGAGAAACGCUCUCCUGUGUCUUCUCUGUCUGGCUUUUAAUCACUGUGUCUCUAUGAAAUUGCACUAUUUGCACAGACUGUUGUUUUCUUGUUGCGACCCCCGGAAUGAUCUGCAGUAUCAAGUCAAGUGUUGCUUUUUGUGAAAUGAUGGAAUAAAUAAACUAUGUAAUAAGUCAUAAUAAAAUAUUCUUCAGUUUUUCAUUCAAAA